CAUGAACGGCUACGGCUCGCCCUACCUGUAUGUGGGGGCCCCGGUGUCGCAGCCCCGGGCCCCGCUGCAGCGGACCCCCAAGUGCGCGCGGUGCCGCAACCACGGCGUGCUGUCGUGGCUGAAGGGCCACAAGCGCUACUGCCGCUUCAAGGACUGCUCCUGCGACAAGUGCAUCCUCAUCAUCGAGCGGCAGCGCGUCAUGGCGGCGCAGGUGGCGCUCCGCCGGCAGCAGGCCAACGAGAGCCUGGACAGCCUCAUCCCGGAGGCCCUCAGGGUCAUGCCGGCGAUCGGCGUCCCCGGGCCCGGGGAGGGAGCACCGGCGGCGGCGGGGGCGGCGACGGGGGAUGCAGAGGUGCGCUGGAGAAGUGCGGAGGAGACGCAAAGAGGCGCGACAACUUGCGCAGAAGGGCCGGAGGACGUGACGGGGGAGGCGUCGGGCGGAGAGAAUGGGGGCAGCUCCAGCGAGCGGGACCCGGAGCAGGUCAGCUCCCCUGAAGGCUCCAAGCCAAACUCUUGCUACACCCCCGAACCCCCUGACGGCCACGUGGAAGAGAACCGCUACGUCCUGCCCAAGGUGGGCGCCGCUGACAAGGAGGCCAAAGCCGACAGUCCACAGAAGAGCCCCCCCAGUCCUGGGGGUCACAGCGUGCUCAUAGAGGGCCUCGCAGGCUCCAUUAACCUGCCCUUCAGCCUCAGAGCCAACCGGCCCCCGUUGGAGGUCCUCAAGAAGAUCUUCCCCAACCACAAACCGCCCGUGCUGGAGCUCAUACUCAGAGGCUGUGGAGGCGACCUGGUGGGGGCCAUCGAGGUGCUGAUGUCCAGCCGAGGCCCUGACGGGGUAGUGCUUCCACCUGGAGACCUACAUCCAGACCCCCUGGUGCUGCCGCCUGGUGGACAUCCCUUUGAGCACAGCCUGGGCUCCUACCACCCAGUGACCUCCUCGGCCAAGUGGUCGGUGGGCUCCGCCUUCAGGGUGCCCGACUCGCUCCGCUUUGCGUCCGAGUCCUCCUCGGGCGUGGUGUCGGCAGGGGCUCUGGGGGUCCCGCUGCAGCACCCGUCCUUCCCACAGUCAACCCGCUACCCGCUGGUGCUCCGUAACUCGCUGGCCCGCGGCCCGGCGGGGACCCUGGUGCAUAACGACGUGACCCUGUGGAACACCAUGGCCCUGCAGCAGCAGUACCAGCUCCGCUCCACCGCCGCCCAGUACGUGUCCCCUUUCGCCCCCGCCGGGCCAGCGGGGUCCGUGUUCCGGGGGGCCUCCCUCCUCCACACGAGAACCGCCGAAGAACCCCGAGUGGGCAUCCAAGAGGGGGAAGCAUGCGGGCUGGGGUCCAAGGGGGGGCUGUACUCGCCUGAUGAGGACUACGAGGAGCGCUCUGACUCAGCAGACUCCCGCAUCUUGAACUCAUCCGGCUGAGACCACGUCAGUCUUUGUUUUUUGGGGGCCUUUUUCUUUGUACCGGACCGUGUCACGCAAUCUCUUUCAUACGUACAGAUCACGUGUUGCUCACCCAGAGGUCACAUGACCACACCAGAAUGUCGGGCCUCUACUUCCUGUCAGCAUGCUGAUUGUUUGCAUUGUGAGGUUGCUAUACUGCAUGUGUCGUAUGCCAA